AUGACUGAGCUCCCAGAAAGCAAGGUCGAUGUCCUCGUCAUUGGGGCAGGCCCUGCUGGGCUGAUGCUGGCUCUCUGGUUGUCCCGACUCGGUGUCAAGACCCGUAUUGUUGAUAAGAGGACCGCCAAGGUCUACUCUGGGCAAGCAGAUGGUUUUCAAGUGAGAUCUCUCGAGAUCCUAGACAGCUUCAGCAUCGCAGAGCGCGUAUGGAAAGAAGCAAACCGCAUGCUCGAGGUCAGCUUCUGGAACCCCGACGAGAACGGCAUAAUCCAGCGCAGCGCCAAAUCAGUAAACACGAUCCCAGGACUCUCCCGCUUCACCGAAUCGGUUCUCCACCAAGGGCGCAUCGAGCAAUUCUUCAUCGACGGCAUCCGCGCCUCAUACCCGUCCAACGAGACACCCCUACAGGUCGAGCGCAUGGUCAUCCCGACCUCGCUCGAGAUCGACGAGGCUGCGGCCGAGGACUCGGAGGCGCACCCUGUCACGGUCACGCUGCGGCACUUGACGGAGGAGGAGGCGACGCCGACGCAGAUGCUGAGUAAUCUUAACGAUGGCAUCUUUCGGAGUAAUUUGGCUGAGGACGAUGUCGCGGGGAUUUUGGACAGGUCUAAGGGAAGAGAGGCGAGGGAUGAGGUUGUGAGGGCCAAGUAUGUUGUUGGUUGCGAUGGAGCGCAUUCGUGGACUAGGAAGGCGCUGGGGAAGGAGUUUGAGAUGAAGGGGGAGAGUACUGAUGCCAUUUGGGGUGUGAUGGAUAUCGUUCCCAUUACCGACUUCCCCGACAUCAGGUUCCGAACCAUGAUCCAGAACACGGCCGGCGCGCUGAUGAUCAUCCCUCGCGAGAACAGGAUGGUUCGUCUCUACAUCCAACUCAAGGAGGUCUCGGCGGGCGGUGGCCGCGUCGACAGGUCGCAGAUCACACCGGAGAUUAUCUUCAAGUCUGCCCAGAGAAUCUUCAGCCCAUACAAGUUGGAGUACCACUACUGCGACUGGUGGACGGCCUACCAAAUCGGUCAGCGAACAGGCGACCACUUUAGCAAACUCAAUCGCGUAUUCCUCGCUGGGGACGCCGUGCACACGCACUCCCCGAAAGCCGGCCAGGGCAUGAACAUCUCGAUGCAGGACAGCUACAACCUCGGCUGGAAGAUCGGCCUCGCGUGCAAGAACAUCCUCCCUCGCGACGUCCUCUCGACGUACGAGCUUGAGCGCAAGAAGAUUGCAAAGGACCUCAUCGCAUUUGACGGCAAGUUCUCCAAGCUCUUCACGGGCGCGCCGCCAAAGGAUAUCCAGAGCGAGACGGGCGUGUCAGACGAUGUGUUCCAAAAGGCGUUCCAUACUAGUCGGAUGUUCACAACCGGCGUCGGCGUAAACUACCAACCAACCGUCCUCGUCGCCAAAGAAGCAGACCCAGACCCAGAAACCGAAGACGACUCACCCAACACCCUUACAAAGAGCACCGCGAAAAGCACCCAAUCCCUCGCCACAAACUGCAAACUCGGCCAGCGCUUCCCCUCCUACAAGGUCAUCCGCCAAUCCGACGCCCGCCUCUGGGAACUGCACCACAAGCUCCCCUCCAACGGACGCUUCCGCCUCGUAGUCUUUGGCGGCGACAUCUCCCAACCCACCCAGCGCGACUCCGUCAACGCUCUCGGCGCAUGGCUGUCGAGCUACCUGCCCAAGCUGCCGACCAUCGGGCUCUGUCCCGCGUCGGAUCCGCAUAGCGGGCAGAUCAAGUUCAAGACGGACGCGGAUCCGAGUAUUGUUGACGUUGUGCUCGUGCACUCUGCGCCGCGGAACGAGGUUGAUUUACUGAAGGAUGUGCAUGAGGCGUAUCAUCCGUUUGAUAGUAAGCUUGGGUGGGAUUAUGACAAGGUGUUUAGUGAUGGCAAGACGUUUUAUGAGGAGCCUGAGAGAGCGUAUGAGAAGUAUGGAAUUGAUUCGGGCAAGGGUGCUGUUGUUGGGCUGCGACCGGACGGGUAUGUUGGGCUUGUUACUUCGGUUGGCCAUGAUGGGGCGGAGCAGAUUCAGAAGUGGUUUGAUGGUAUAUUUCAGAGAUCAUGA